CUUUUGUUUCACUGGACCCAAUUAUAAAAACACAAAUUGAGAAGUUUGAAAAGGAACAAGUGAUACUUUUAACUGGAAAAUUUGUAGCCAACAAUGGAUGGUAUACAGUGAGUGCCACUUCCAUUCAAGUUUUAUUAA